AUGGCUUCAAGGGGAUUGGCAACAACUGCUUUCUUCCUCAUCACCCUUAACCUUCUCUUCUUUACUCUAGUAACAUCAACCUCUUGCCCACCACCACCAAAGGCCCCUAAGCCACAUAAACAUCACCACCACAAAGCCACAUGUCCUAAAGACACACUUAAGCUAGGUGUGUGUGCAAACGUGCUCAAUGACUUGGUUCACCUAGUUGUCGGUACACCAGCAACCACUCCAUGCUGCAGCCUCCUUGGGAACCUUAUCGAUCUUGAGGCUGCAGUUUGCCUCUGCACCGCCAUUAAAGCAAAUGUCUUGGGUAUAAACCUUAAUGUGCCAGUCUCCUUGAGCUUGUUGCUUAAUGUAUGUGGAAAGAAUGUCCCAAAGGGCUUUCAAUGUGCAUAG